CUUUACAUGUUGCCCUUCCUCCCUGGAGGUUGUCCAGCGCGCUGCGGCUCACAACAUAAAACAAAACUGGCACAAUGGGGUUUGGAGCUAGUCCACAAAACAGCCAAACAAAAACCUGCUGCCCACAUUGAACAGACAUUGGAAUGCAUUGAGGUGGGUUGGUAUAUUACAUUCGGACCUACAAGUCCUAAUAUAAGCGUGGCCGGCAACAGAAUAUCGCAGUUUGGACUGCUCUGGCCCCCCGGGAAGUGCUCUCACUGCUUACUCAUCCGGGAAAAUAUUGCAGUAGUAAAGAGAAAAAGCAAGACUACAAUUCCCAGAAACACCCAGACUUCCUGCCUGUCUGGGUUUUGCCUAUCCCGACGUUUUAUUGGCUGAGGGAUGCGAAGGAGCCGAGUGAUUGGCUGAGGUGGAAAAUGGUUGUGGGAGGUGCGUGAGCACAGCGAAGAAAACCCGACAGAAGGGAAGAGGGGGAUUCUUACCGAGUUGCUGGAGAAAGAAACUCUUCGGAAGGGUCUCUGAAUGCCCCCCGCGAUUCCCCGUUGCCAAAUGCAGGGGCUGGUGACCUUUGAAGAUGUGGCUGUGUAUUUCACCGAGGGCCAGGGGGCUCUGUUGGAUCCAGAUCAAAGAGCCUUGUACAGGGAUGUCAUGCUGGAGAACUAUGGGAACGUGGCCUCUUUGGGAUUUCCAUUCAUCAAGCCUGAUCUAAUCUGCCGGCUGGAACAAGGGGAAGAGCCAUGGGUGCCAGAUUUUCAGAGUUUGAAUGAAACUGAGAACUCCAGCACCAACUCAGCAGGUGAGAGUAGAAAAAAGGACUUGUACACUAUGUGGACAACACAUCCUACUCAGAAAUCAAGUUGUGCCAAGCAUCAGCAACUCCACACAGGAGAGAAAUCCCAUACAUGCUUAAGCUUUGGGAUAUGCUUUCCUUUGGAAUCGAAGCUCAUGACAUACGAGAGUGUCCACACAGGAGAGAAACCGUUUAAAUGCUUGGAAUGUGGGAAGCAUUAUGCUCAGAAAUCAGAUUUCACAAUUCAUCAGGAAGUCCACACAGGAGAGAAACCAUAUAAAUGCUUGGACUGUGGGAAAUGCUUUGCUCGAAAAUCGCAUCUCAUAAUGCACCAGAGAAUCCACACAGGAGAGAAACCGUAUAAAUGCUUGGAGUGUGGAAAACGUUUUGCCUACUCUUCUGUCUUUGCGAAACACCAGAGAGUCCACACAGGAGAGAAACCAUAUAAAUGCUUGGAGUGUGGGAAAUGUUUUGCCCAGAAAUCACAUCUCACAAUACACCAGAGAGUCCACACAGGAGAGAAACCAUAUAAAUGCUCCGAGUGUGGAAAGUGUUUUGCCUACUCUUCCAUCUUUGCGAAACACCAGAGAGUCCACACAGGAGAGAAACCGUAUCAAUGCUUGGAGUGUGGGAAAUGCUUUGCCCAGAAAGCACAUCUCAUGAUACACCAGAGAGUCCACACAGGAGAGAAACCAUAUCAAUGCUUAGUGUGUGGGAAAUGUUUUGCUCAACAGUGGUAUCUCAUACACCACCAGAGGGUCCACACAGGAGAGAAACCAAAUAAAUGCAUAGAGUGUGGGAAAUGUUUUUCUUUGAAAUCAGCCCUUCUCAGACACCAAAGAGCCCAUGUGGAUAAGAAACCUUCUGAAUGUUCCAAGACUUUUCCUAUGCAGUAGAGAAUGAAGCUCAUACUCUUGAUAUCUGAGAAUGUGCAUGUGCAAGGUCUUUUAACUGUAUAAUAUUAGCCCUCAGAAGACAUAUUUACUCAUUUGUAGGCCCCAGAUACUAAGCUAAAAUAGGGGUGGGUGAUGGAUUGCAGGAGCCCACAAACAAGAAUGGUGCACUCAGUCUGUCUCUGGCUUCAGGAAUGUUAUAGUUAAUAUGUAACUUUUUAAAUUUAAAAUAUUUAUAUGCUGUCUUCAUGCCUGUAAAAUACCUUCUUCCCACACCUUUGGGAUGUUGCGGUUGGUGCUCUAACUACAAAUUAAGGGCUUUACAAUGCCACAGGAAAAAAUAUCUUUUCUCCAGUCUUUUAAUACUUCUGUUAAAUUGGCUCCUCAGAUGCCCGAGAGGCUAUCCUAAGGCAGGAAUGUUUAAAACAUCUAAAAACAAUGUAAAACAUCUUAAUUGCUGUAAACCGCCCAGAGAGCUUUGGCUAUGAGGCGGUAUAUAAAUGUAAUAAAUCAAUCAAUAAAUAAAACUUUUAAAACAAAAACACUCCCACAGCUAAUAAUUUCAAAGUUGCCAGGAACAGUAUCUUUUAGCAUUGAGUGCUUGGGUAAACAGGAAUGUUUGUAAAUUCCUCCUGUAUACAGUUCUGGGCACCUCACCUCAAAAAGAACACUGUGGAGCUGGAGAAGAUUGAGAAAAGGGCAAUCAAAAUGAUCAGGGGCAUGGAGCGACUUCCCUGUGAGGACAGGUUGCAGCAUUUGGGGCUUUUUAGUUUAGAGAAAAGGCAAGUUGGAGGCAACAUGGUAGAAGUGUAUAAAAUUAUGCAUGGCAUGGAAAAAGCGGAUAGAGAAUUUUUUCUCUCCCUCUUUCAUAACACCAGAACUUGUGGACAUUCAGUGAAGCUGAAUGUUGAAAGAUUCAGGACAGACAAAAGAAAGUACUUCAUGCAGCACAUAGUUAAUGGGAUUUGCUCCCACAAGAGGCAGUCAUGGCCACCAAUUUGGAUGGCUUUAAAAGAUUAGACAAAUUCAUGGAGGAUAAGGCUAUCAAUGGCUACUAAUCAAAUGCAGCAUGCUUCUGAAAACCAGUUUCUGGCAGCUGCAGGAGGGGAGGGUGCUCUUGCCCUCAGGUCCUGCUGUUGGGCUUCCCAUGGGAACUGUGAGGACUAGACGGGCUAUUGGUCUAAUGCAGCAGGGCUCUUCUUAGGUUCUUUUGAGUGGAGGAAGGUAGACAAUCUGACCAAGUGGACCAAUUUUGCUUUUUAUGGGAGAAUUAAGAUGCAAGCAAAUAUCUGCCCCUUUAUAUUGCCAGCACUUUUAAGAUAUAAUCCUGCUAAGCUAUAUUGAUUCCUUUUGUCAGAUUAUAUAAACCUGAUUAUUUCCUUUUUUAUGGAUUGUUAAAAUGAUAUAUACAGUUAUAUAUGCAUAUGUACAAUUGUUG